AUGCCGAAGAAAAAACUCCAUAAAAUGACCAGGGCAAAACAAAUUCCAAAGGCAAUUUGCUUUGUAAUGGAAGAUAUAGAGAAGAGUCAGAGGUAUCUGUAUGCAAAGUCCAAGCUCAGCAGGAAAAAAUUAACACCUCAAAUCCCCAGAUUUGGAUUAAUUUCAAAGAUUGUGAGGCUUGAUGAAUAUGAUGGGUGCAUUCGUAGCUUAGGACAAGCCAAGUUCAGGAGGAUGCCCUGUUUUGAGGUUAUUAAGGAGAUUUUGAUGUACCAGAACUCGAGUGUGUGA